ACUAAGCAUACGGUGAACGUGCAAGGAGCAUGAGCGAACCCGCGAUAGCACGGUUGAUAGGCGAAGGAGUUGAAAGGCCUGAGGCUUCAUUGCCAAUUGAUAUCAACUAUGCAAAGCUAACGGAAUGGCUGGUCACUCGCCAGAAGAUCCCGAAGGACUGGCACAAGCGCCUGCAGGUGAUCCAGGCGAAGGCCGCAGAGGCUGUAAAGGAGCUCCCUCCGGGCACUCUCAGCAGCCUCACCGAUGGCGCGGACGCGCCGGUGGACUACAUGCGCGCUGUGGAGAUACGCGACAAGCUGGCCAGCACAUCGGAGCGCACGAUGUUCGGCGGACUGCAGGGCCCGGCAGCGACGUGGGAUAAGAUCGUGAAGGCGUACGAGAAGCAAUUCGUGUACCUGGGGGAGGCGGGUCAGUGUCUGGUCCAGAACGUGGACUUCGAGAUCCCCUACCUCCGCCGCAACGCUGCCAAGCUGGCCGGGCAGCUGGCGGACGGCGAACGCAAGCAGGGCGAGUACACCCGCGCGGCGGCGGCAUGCGCGGCCAAGUACAAGGAGGAGUGUAAGAAGCUGGGCAUCAGUGGGGCGGCGGUGCGGGCCGAGCUGCGGGCGCUGGCGGGCGAGCUGCCGGGGCUGCUGCGCGGCGUGGUGGACAGCCUGCACCAGCCGCGGCUGCAGGAGGCCGCGGAGUACUACGCUGCUUUUACGAGGUUCGCGCACGCGCCCCGCGCCGGCGCGCCCUCCUCUGCAAAGGGGCCAGCGUCCUCCGCCUCCGCGCCGCCAGCCUUGGAACCUGAAUCCAUGCUGCCGGUGCUCUUUGAAAUCCGGAACCGCCGGACAGCGCCGCCGGAAGCCGAGUCAGGAGCAGCAGGAGCCGGCGCGUCGGGGCAGGGCGGCGGGAUAGAGAUUGACUGGGGGGACAGCGGCGGCGACGCCGGCGGCGCUGGUGUGGCGGCAAUUGACAUAGAUUGGGAUGCGCCGACAGCAGCGCCGGAGGGCGACGCUGCGGCGGCAGCGGGACCGGCUGUGGAUAUCAAUUGGGACUUUGACAUGGCAGAUCUGGCGGCGGCGGCGGGCGAUGACGCAGGCGGCACCGCCGCAGCCCCCACCGCCGACGCGUCUGCGGGGCCUGUCGGCAUUGACUGGGACAUUGAGGUGGAUGCAGCGGGCGACGCGGCCGCGGACGCCAACAACCGGGCGGGUGACGUGGCGGAGGGCGAGGCGGCGGCGUCGCUGAGCGGCGGCGGUGGCGGCGGCGCCAGCAGCGGCGACCCGGAUGACGUGGCGGCGGCCCGGCUGGAGCGGGAUGCGGACUACCGGGCUCGGCUGGUGGAUGACCUCACAGAGCUGAGGGCGUUCCUGGCGCAGCGCAAGUCAGACCUGGCGGCGGGCGGCUCCGAGCUCACCGCUACGGCGCUGCCGGACGCAGUCAGCAGUGUGGACGCAGCCGCGGUUGCCUCCAUGCUGGGCUCGGUGCAGGCGGUGCUGGGGCAGCUGGGCACACCCCGCUUCAGGCAGCUGCUGCUCAUCGCCACCUCGCCGCGCUACCUGGACCGGCUGGAGGCCCGGCUGCAACGCCAGGCCGGCGCCGAGGCCAAGAUGCUGGCGGCUGCAGCCGAGGCUGUAGCGCGGCAGCACGAGGCGCGGGCGGGGUUGGCGGCGCAGGCGCCCCGCACGGCGGCUCUGGUGGCGCGGUGCCGGCGGCUCAAAGGGGUGGUGGAGCGGGGCAUUGCGGCUAGCCUGGGCGGCAAGCGAAGUGUGAACGUGCUGGGAGAGAUCAACAACGUGCUGGCGUCGGCGGGGCAGUAGCGGGGUGGGUGGAGGUGGGUGGAAGGGGGAGGGUGAGGGGCAGGAGGUGUUGGGGGUACGGAGAGGCGCGUGGCCGGGGAAGCGGCGAGCAGGAGCGGGGCUGUGAGGGCCCACGGGGAAACUAGAGGACAGUGGCAGCCGGCAGUGCAUAUGCGAUGAUGGCGUGACAGCUGGACAGUGCGCCCAGUUGCAGGGCUGCAAGGCACUGCGUGUAAGUGGAGUUGGGUCGUGGUGUCCUGCGAGGUUAAACGUAGCAGGCCCUGGUAGGACCACACGUCCAGACGGGUUCCGGAAUGGAGCGCGGUCGCGUGAUGCCCAUGACACCAACGGCAGCCCGCGCGACUCGGUCCGAGGACA